AUGUCGGGAGCCGUUCUCGAUGACUUCUACACUGACGGACAACAGUUUGAGCAGCUCUACCUGACGGGAAUCAGGAAAGUCAACUGUGCCACUGACAAGGACACCACCAUUACCAAAGAGGUAGUCAGGUGUUUGCAAGCGCUGCCCGCUGAGGACGUGGAUAAAAUCUACAAUCUCGUUGACCGAAAGAGUCCACUGGAUAUACUUCCUCUGGUGGUCAUUGAUGGCGAGUUUCUGCCUGCAAGUCCGCGUGAUUUGCUGGCUAAAGGAAACUACAAAACCAAUGUCAAUUUGCUAUCCAGCGUUGUCGAAGAUGAGGCCUCCUUCAUUUUGGCUCUGGUAUCCGGUCAGGCCCAGUUCAAACCGGUCGACCCACAGCCAAUUACGCUGCCGGAAGCUCAGGGCGUUCUUGCCUUCAUCACCAGCGGUCGCCAGUCAAUUUCCCAGGCGGCCCUGAACAAGCUCUACUUCAGCGGACUGAACGCAGACUUGGACAUCUCAAAUGAUCUCCGAAAACGGGUGGGCAUUGCCUACGGUGACCUGAUUCUUUCCUGUCCGGUGCUGGACUUCUCCAAGGAGGUCUUCCGAAACAGUCCCACUACUGCAACGGUGUACCAGUGGUACUACACAGCCAAGUUGGGAAACCUCAAGUUUCUCUGCAAUCAGUGGGCCGGCGCCUGUCACUGUGAUGAGCUUUAUCCUGCCUUUGGCAUGGCUUUCCGAUACCCAGACAAAUCAACUAGUCGUGAGAAGGAAAUUUCCACUGAGAUAAUGACCUUUAUCAAGUCUUUUCUUUAUCACGGAAAACCAACUGCCGAGCAACCCGAAUGGGAGCCAUUUUUUCUAAGUGGCGACAACCAGAAAGUCAUUGCUCCGUACUAUGAGAUCAACAAUGGCUUCAAAAAACCAGAAAACUUCAAAUUUAAUCUCAAAGAGUUAGAGUGCGCUGUGCUAAGUCACUAG